AGAUUCGUGGGUAGCUUGUUGCGCAUGCCUGCAUAUGUCAAGUUCUUUCUGUUGCUGAUCCUUGUGGUGGGCUUGGCAUGGAGCGCUCUCUACCCGUCCAUCGCAAGCAGUCCCUGCACCGGAGACUGCCGCCUCAGCGAUGUGAGACGUCGGCAAGGCGUCGCAGUGAACCUCAGCUGCAUACCGCCGGGCAUGCGCUUGGCCAAGGCGCUGGGGGAUUUGAAGAUGGCAGUGCUGGGAGAGAACGACAUCAUCUCGCAGAGCCUCUUCAAGAAUCACCACUGGGAGGUUACAAGCCUUGAAGAGAUGGCCGCCAUGGCUCGCACGACGCUGCCAGAGUCGGGAACAUUCCUGCACAUUGGCGCGAACUUGGGCUACUACUCUUUGCUUUUUGCCGACCGCGGCUUUCAGGUGCUUGCUAUCGAGCCUAUGGCACGCAAUCAGCAAGCAUUGGAGGGCAGCCUUUGCUUGAACCCGCACCUCCGGGAGCAGGUGACGCUGCUGCCCUUGGCGUUGGGCGCCCCUUGGGAGGUGGCAUGCAGGUGUGUUAUCCGCAGUGCCAGCUACUCUUCAAACGUUGGCAAUGGCUUCUUGCAGUGCGGCAAUGCUAGCUGCAAGGAUGAUGACUCCAACUGCCAGGUGACCGAGGUCAUAAGCUUGGACAGAGUCCUGGAGCAGCACCCCGUGCAGUCGGUAGACGUGGUUCGAAUAGACGUGGAGGCGCACGAGUGCCAGGUCUUAGCUGGCGGUGGAAGUCUGUUUUCCCGCUACCGGCCCAAGUUCCUGCAGGUGGAGACUGCAUGGUUGAACACCAGCAAGUGUGUUGCCGCUGCAGCAGAGCAGCACCGGUACCGGACCUUCCGGGUGAUGUCCUCCACUGUGAUGGUGGCUGAGGAGUUUGUGGUGCCCGAGCUGGUGAAGCUAGGGGAGAACAUGUGGGUUUGAGGCGAGUCUGCUGCCCAUUGCUGCAAAGUGACAUCCGCCACGGCUUUUGGAUGGCUGGACGAUUCUGUUCA